AUGCUGACUUCUCAUCAGCAUCACGAUGAUGAAGGCAACCCCGCCCUCUUAGUUUUCAAGGUGUCCGGUGACGCCGGCCCCUCCCUUCCUUCCCCGGGACGGAGAGAGAGAAGAGAAGAGAGAAGCGGCAGGCCGCCGCCCCCGCGGUGUCCCCGGAGGCCUCUCGCCGGCCCGCCGCUCAUUACAGCCACGGACCCCGAGCGAGCGAGCGGGCGGGAUCUACCCUCAGCGAGAAUGUCCGCCGCGGCGUCCCUGACGCUGCUGGCCCUGCUGCUGAGCCUGGCCCCGGCGCCCAGUCGGGAAGGCUGCCCGUCGGCCUGCCGAUGCUUUUUGGCCAUGCUGCAGUGCCUGGAGCCUGACGGGAUCGCCGGCAUCCCGGCUCUGACUCCGCAGGAGAGCGAGAACGUGACGGAGAUCUACAUUGAAAACCAAGCCGGCCUGGAAAACAUCACUCAAGCGGAGCUCAGCAACUACAGAGAGCUAAAAAACCUAACAGUGACAUCAUGCAAACUGAGACACAUCGCUGCCGACGCCUUCCGCUACAACUUCAAACUGCAAUACGUGAACUUGGCCUCCAACUCUCUGGAGAAGAUCUCUUGGCGGGUCUUUCAUUUUCUCCCCCUUCUCAACCUGGUUCUGCUGGACAACCCGCUGGUUUGCUCCUGCGACCUCCACUGGCUGCAGCACUGGCAGCGCAAUCAGCGCGCCGAUCUGGACGACCACCCCUUGACGUGUCUCUCCGCCGGACGGGAAGUGCUGCUCGCCUCCCUCGUCAUUGAAAACUGCAGUUUGCCCGAGGUCACCAUUCUGCCCUCCAACAACAAAGUCGAGGAGGGGGGCAACCUCACCUUUGAGUGUCACGUGACAGGAAGUCCCACCCCGCAAGUCAAGUGGCGUACGGACGUACUCCAUUCACGUUCAGUUGCCCAGGAGAGAAUCUGGGGUUCCACACUGGAGGUGCUCCUGUACCUCAGCAACGUCUCAUCCAGGGACAACCUGCACAAUCUGACCUGCCAGGCCGAGAACCAAGCCGGACCCGGGGAGGAUGUGGUGCAGCUGGACAUUGAGUUCCCGGCCAAGAUCCUGUACCUGAGGGACGCGGUUCCCAUGCACCACUGGUGCUUCCCUUUCGCCGUGGACGGCAACCCUGAAGCCAACAUCAGCUGGCUGUACGAAGGCUCGGAGCUGAAGGAGACCAUCUUCGCAUACACGCAGAUCAUCCCGGACUCCGGCGAUGGCUCCGAGAAGCACGGCUGCCUCUUCCUGGAUAAACCCACGCAUUUGAACAACGGCCGCUACACGCUGCUGGUGGAAAACAAGCUGGGCGGGGCCCGGGCCAACGCCAUCGGCGUGUUCAUGGACAACCCUUUCGGACUCGAUCCCGAGGGCAUCAUUCCCGUCAUCAAUGUGGAUCCAAUUCCCACCAACAAGUCCGUCGUGGACGUCACCGAGAACCUGGAGAGUCGAGUCUUUGUGGUGUCGGUGGCCGUGGGUCUGGCGCUGUUUGCGUGCACCUUCUUACUGCUCACCGUCUUGGUUAUCAACAAAUGCGGACACAACUCCAAAUUCGGCAUUCACCGCUCGUCGCCACUGGGCACCGAGGACGACUUGGCGGUGUCGCUGCGCUUCAUGAACUUGGGGAGCAGCCCGCCAUCGUCGGACGAAGACUCGGGGGUGUCCAGCUUCGUGGAGAACCCGCAGUACUUCUGCGGGAUCAUAAAGGACAAAGACAUGUGCGUCCGGCACAUCAAGCGGGCCGAUAUCCUUCUCAAGUGGGAGCUGGGCGAAGGCGCUUUCGGGAAAGUCUACCUGGCCGAGUGCGCCAACCUCAGCCCCGACACUGACAAGAUGUUGGUCGCCAUCAAGACGCUGAAGGACGCCAACGAGUCGACGCGUCAGGACUUCCAGAGGGAGGCGGAGCUCCUGACGGUUCUGCAGCAUCAGCACAUCGUGCGCUUCUACGGCGUGUGCGCCGACGGAGAACCGCUCGCCAUGGUCUUCGAGUACAUGCGCCACGGCGACCUCAACCGCUUCCUCAGAGCCCACGGCCCCGACGCGGGAAUCCUGGAGGAGCCCAAGACGACGGCGGGCGAGCUGAGCGUGCCUCAGAUGCUGCACAUCGCGGCCCAGAUCGCGUCGGGGAUGGUCUACCUGGCCUCGCUGCACUUUGUCCACCGAGACCUGGCCACCCGCAACUGCCUGGUGGGAGAAGGCCUGGUGGUCAAAAUCGGAGACUUCGGCAUGUCCAGGGACAUCUAUAGCACCGAUUACUAUCGGGUGGGGGGCCGCACCAUGCUGCCCAUCCGUUGGAUGCCACCCGAGAGCAUCAUGUAUCGCAAGUUCACCACGGAGAGCGACAUCUGGAGCUUGGGCGUGGUCCUCUGGGAGAUCUUCACCUACGGCAAACAGCCUUGGUACCAGCUGUCCAACAGUGAGGCCAUCGAGUGCAUCACGCAGGGCCGUCAGCUGGAGCGCCCGCGCACCUGCCCCCAACAAGUUUACGAUUUGAUGCGCGGCUGCUGGCAGCGAGAACCCCAACGCCGCACGCUCAUCAAGGACGUCCACGCGCGCCUCCUGGCCCUGGCCAAGAACCCACCCGUCUACCUGCGUGUCCUGGCCUAG